CUUCUCAGAUUGUGUCAUUUAGACCCUCACCUGCGUGAUCUGUAAAAGAAUCGAUUAUGACAGGGAUUGCGACAAAUGGGGCGACGCCCCAGACGAUGAAGAUACUUAUGAUUCAUGGCUACACUGAGACUGCAGAGUCUUUCCGAGCCGACAUGUAUCGUGUAGAAAAGGCCCUCAAUGAAGCCUUUCCCGCUGCACCGACACCCGGCUACCAUCCAUCCUACCCGGGCGGUGUCGAACUCAUCUACCCAACCGGCACAUGGAGGCUCAAGCCGACAGAUUGGGCUCGCUACAUACCAGGAGCCGACCCUGGAUAUGGAUGGUUUUACAAAGUUGCCGACGACGAUGAAUUUCCAGGAUUACUUGAUGGCUUGACCCUUCUUGGUAAUGUGAUGAGGACUCAGGGUCCCUUUGCCGGCGUUAUCGGGUUCUCGCAAGGCGGCUUUUUGGCUGGCCUGAUUGCAAGUUUGCUGGAGGCGGGGAGAAAGGAAAUAUUUGAUAAGGUUGAAACGGGGAGUGGAGGAAUUCCGUACCCUGCAGCCUUUGUAGGGGUGCAGCCAAUUAAGUUCUCGGUCAGCUGCUGCGGGUUUGCCGGGCUGAGCUUGCGAUACAAAGCCUUUUAUUCACCCAAGAUAUCGGUGCCUCUACUGCAUAUCAAUGGUAGUACAGAUGACAUUGUGUAUGACAAGAGGAGCCGCACUCUGAUUGAUGCAACGACCGGAACAGAGGAGGGAAAGGUCCUUAUUCACCCCGGUGGCCACAUUGUGCCAAUGACAAAAUUGUACACGGAUGCCCUAAUUAUGUGGAUCCGUGAUAAGCUUUAA